UCUAGUCUACUAGAAGAUUAGAUCUAGAUCUAGAUCUAGAAUUAAUUACUAGAUCUAGCCUAAUUACUAGUAAUUAGAGCUUGACUAAAUUCUAAAUAAACUCCGUGAUGUAAAAACAAACUAAAGAUGACAAAAACCUAAUCUAGAUUAGAUUGUUAGAUCUAAUUUAAUUCCAACGUGAACGUGGCUGGUCCUACACUCGAGCUCAAAAGAGUCAAAACAAAUCUCAGCUCACUGUUGCAGUUUAGGCUUAGAUCUAGUUGUUGAGUCAACUAACUUGAGUGAGAGUACUGAUUACUAAUGAGUAAUGAUACUACUAGAUUCUCUAGAUAUAACUAGCUAGUACUGACUAGUCUAGUUUCUACAUUACUCGCACUAGCAUUAGACUUUUGACUCAAACUAAAUUAAAAUUGAACCUAGUAUCUUGAACUAUCCGGUAAUCUAUCGUUUUGGGUACGUAAAAUCGCCCGCGACUUGUAAUGUGAAAAACAGGUGACUCCUUAAAUUUUAAUAAUUAUUUCACAUUUUUAGGAGGAUUUAUGUUUUUUAAAAUACAAAAAUGUUUCCGUGUUUCAUUUACUUACCUGUUUUUAAACAAUUGAAUUAAAACUUUUCCGUAAUAAAUGAAGACUAGCGAUGUUUCCAACAGAUGCAACCAUGCUCAUUUACUAUAGCAGCCAUCUUGUUUAAGUUUUAUUUUUAUAAGCUUAUCGGGAGAUUCAGGAGGAAGCCACUCUAUUUUACAAAUGGCUGCUGUUUAUAUUGCAAAUCUUGCUCUCAAACACUGCUAUGGUUCAUGCCGAUAUGCACAACUGAUAUGCACCUGAUUACUCACAGCUGAGGUAUUAUUAACUACUUGACAAUGGAGGGUGGAACAUGGGGAUUGGUGAUCAUUUUCUCAGCCUUCAUGAUUCAGUUUCUGGCCUUUGGUGUCACAGCUGCCAUUGGUGUUUACAACAUUGAGCUCCUGGAUUACUUUGAUGGUGCAACAGUCGGAGUGUCUUUAAUAGGGUCUUUAAACUAUGGAAUAUUUUUAGGAUCAGGACCCAUUGUCAGCUUUCUAAUGACAAAGUUCAGCUACAGAAAAAUUACACUCUUUGGGUCUUUUCUCAUUGUCGUUGGCCUGCUGGGGAUGCCUCUGUUACCUUACAUACCUGCCAUGUGCGUAACUUUUGGGGUGCUAACAGGUUUUGGUUGCUGCUGUGCAUAUAUUCCAUCCCACGUGUUAAGUGGGUUAUACUAUGACAAGUACCGUAGCCUAGCAACAGGUGUUACAACAAGUGGCUCUGGUCUGGGGGGAGCCGUGAUGCCAGUGGUGGUUGGCCUGCUGAUAGAGCACUACACGUGGAAAACAUCCCUGGUGUUUGUGGCUGGCUUGUGCCUGCAUCUGUUUGUUUUCUCAAGUCUGCUGCGAGACCCCCCAGCAGACUUGGAGAUUGAACUCACGGCUGAUACUCAUCCACCUGGUGGGGAAGAAGUUGCUGAAGACAAGCUUGUUUCAAUUCCACUGGCACCUGUAACAGACACGCCCUGUCAAAGAAUGGCAAAUGACGAUCUCAGUUUUGAAUUUGGUCAGGAUUUAUCCAAGUUAGAGUUUGUUGAUAAAUUAAGCUGCAGAACCAAUAUGAGCUCUAUUGAAAACAUCAACUUGCAGGAUACAUCUCAAAAUCUUGUGUACAAUCACUGCCAGCCUAACAGGGACUCUGUUGGUAAGAAUGAAAUAUACUGUGAAAAGGAUUCACUGAUGCUGAUACAUAGAAAACCCCAACGUCUACCAGAAUAUUUAUCAAAGCAUCAUUCUUUAUCCUUAAAUUCAUUACAUGUUGUCGGAUCAACUAGGUGCUCAAAUGUUGUUGUUCUUGAGAAAAGUGUAGAUGCCGCACCUACAGCAAAUAAUAGCUCUGACACUAAACUUUUGCCUAACUCCUCAAGGCAUAUAUUUAUCUUCACAAACUGCGCAUUUAACAUUUACUUCUGCAGUAACAUCAUGUGGAACGCAGCAGGCUCCAUUGUAAAUUCAUUUGCCCCUGAGUUUCUACGUGAACGAGGAUUAUCCCCCAUGACAGCAGCCUGGCUGAGCGGCGGCUUUGGAUUUGGUUGUUUUAUUGGUGGAAUACUGGGGGGCGUGUUCGGCAACAUGCAGUGUGUCAACAGACAAGGGUUGUACACCUUGUCCAACUUAGCCAUGGGGCUAUUGUUGGUUGUCUUCCCUUUUGUGGACCACAUCGUCUGGUACUGUUUGCUGCUUAUCCUGACUGGCUUCGCUUUUGGCAUCAUCCUGGGGCUGUUGAUUAUAGUUCUGACUGAUUUAAUUGGCAUUGAGAGCCUUGGGAAUGGACUCGGCUACCUGAUGUUGUCCAAUGGUUUAGGGACUUUUAUAGGCCCGCCUAUUGCAGGUCUUGUCAGAGACUACACUGGAGGAUUUGAAGGGGGAAUAAUUCUGGCAGGAUGUCUCUGUAUUCUUGGAGGUAUCACUAUGUUUAUAAUGCCAUUCAGACAGAGAUGCUCGCCUAAGUGUAUGCUGCCACAUAGUCAUACCUAGCUACAACACAGCCAUACCUAGCUGCAACACAGCCAUACCUAGCUGCAACACAGCUAUACAUACCUGCAACACAGCCAUACCUAGCUGCAACACAGCCAUACCUAGCUGCAACACAGCCAUACCUAGCUACAACAUAGUCAUACCUAGCUGCAACACAGCCAUAACUACCUGCAACACAGCCAUAACUACCUGCAACACAGCCAUACCUAGCUGCAACACAGCCAUAACUACCUGCAACACAGCCAUAACUACCUGCAACACAGCCAUACCUAGCUGCAACACAGCCAUACCUAGCUGCAACACAGCCAUACCUAGCUGCAACACAGCCAUAACUAGCUGCAACACAGCCAUACCUAGCUGCAACACAGCCAUACUUACCUGCAACACAGCCAUACCUACCUGCAACACAGCCAUACCUAGCUGCAAUAGCCAUACCUAGCUGCAACACAGCCGUACCUAGCUGCAACAUAGCCGUACCUAGACACAACAUAGCCAUACAGUUGCAACACAGCCAUACCUAGCUGCCACAUAGCCAUACCUAUCUACAACAUAGCCAUACCUAGCUACAACACAGUCAUACCUAGCUGCAUCAUUGCUAUACCUAGAAACAACAUAGCCAUACCUAGCUGCAACACAGCCAUACCUAGCUGCAACACAGCCAAACCUAGCUGCAACACAGCCAAACCUAGCUGCAACACAGCCAUACCUAGCUACAACAUAGCCAUAACUACCUGCAACACAGCCAUAACUACCUGCAACACAGCCAUAACUACCUGCAACAGAACCAUACCUAGCUGCAACACAGCCAUAGCUACCUGCAACACAGCCAUAACUACCUGCAACACAGCCAUAACUACCUGCAACACAACCAUACCUAGCUGCAACACAGUCAUACCUUGCUGCAACACAGUCAUACCUAGCUGCAACACAGCCAUACCUAGCUGCAACACAGCCAUACCUAGCUGCCACACAGCCAUACCUAGCUGCGACAUUGCUGUGAUAAGCUGUUGAAGUUGUCAUGCUAGUAGCACCUUCACUUGUUCAACACAUUUUUACCAGCACUUCUUUACAAUAUCAGCGUCUUUUAAAUAUCUUAACUUUUUCUUUAGCACAAUUUCAACUUUUUCUACCAAUGUAUUCUGUUUGUUUGAUCACAGUAGCAUCAAAAAGUAUAUUUAUAUGAAUAUAUUACAGCAGUAGAUUGAUUUUCUGAUGAACUCAGUUUAAAAAAAGACAACAAUAAUGAUUGUUAACUUUUAGUUAAGGUAAAGAAGCACAAUUUUAAUAUCAUUGUUUAUUAAAACAGGAUUAUAAUAAAAAACCAACCAAAAUAAAAUAUUAGUAGACAUCCAUUGAACGGCAGUUUGUCCUUUAGCCCAUAGAGUCUACUCACGGAAGUCAUGUACUACAUAAUUAUGCUGAUAUUUAGGGCUUGACAAGGCCAUGACGUUUUGACCAUGCUGAAUCUCUGAAAUUCUUUAUUUGACCAACAUGAUCCAUGGCCAUAAAGAAUUGACUGUACAAUGUUGAAUUACUCAUAUACAAGAAAAGUGAUUUUAAAAAAAAAUUAUUGUUUUUGACUGACAAAAUCCAUGGCCAUGAAGAGUUGACUGUACAAUUUUAAGUUGUUUUAAUUAUUGUGAGACUUACAGGGUGAUAGACCUUUUUAAUUGUUCAAUACUUUUAUUGGUAACUUCACUUCCAGUUAGUUUUAUCUUGAAAUUACAUAAGUGAGUUGAUAUGUAAUUAAAUUUUUAUCAAAUCAUGUCACAAUAUAUUUUACUGAAGCUUUUUUUUUUCAGUUUAGGAAUUUUUGCAUUUUACAACUAAGUAAUAAUAAAAUAUUGAUAUUGUAGCUUAAAGAAUUUUACGUUUAAGUUCAUUUUGUUGAAGCGACACUCAUCCACAAAUAAAUUGUUAUUUGAGUGUAUCACAUAUUUUAAUUAGAUCAAAUUUAUUCGCUAUUUGAAAUCUGAUUAUUUGUUGAUAAAGCAGUCACAUCUGCUUGACGAAUGUGUAGUGUAACAAUUUAAACAAUUUUAAGCUUUUUCAAGAUUUUGAGUUAAGAUUCUAAUAAUUUAUUUAAUGCAGUAUUAUACUGAAUAUCUUAGAAUAUAUUGACAUAUAAUUUAUUACCAUUAUUACACUAAAUUACAGCUUACAUUUUCUGUCUCAAAACCCAAGAGAGUUCUGCACUGUUUUAAUUUAUUUCAAUUUUAUCUUGUCAGUGAUGUAUAUUAUGUAUUAUUGUUGUAGGAGUUUUCAAUAUCAAUUAUAUAUUAACUUGCUUGAUAUUUUUCUACCCUUGGAGAUGUUUUAGUAAAAUUACUCAUACUGUGAUCUGAUGUACUUGUAUUUUUGAGACAAAUCUACUCAUACUGUUUUGAAAGAUAUUUUGCUUUGUGUACUCACACACUAUUUGAAAUACUGUUCAUCAUAGUAUAUUGUAAUUUUAAAUCAUUUUAUUGUGCCACUCAAAUUAUUAUUAAAACUCUUUUUAUCAACUGUAUGGUCAGUAAUUUUUUUUAUUUUAGA